AAAAUGUAGUUUUUGGUCUAGAUGAUGCUACAAGUAUUUGAUUUCUGAAGGGUGAACACGUAUCUCUGUCUCUCUCACUCUGUUUUACUCUAAUCAUCGAACAAUGGCGGUGCGGUCAAUGGCGAAUAUGAUUCAGCUUUCGAUUCCUAAACCAGCGGCCUCAACCACCUUUCAGGGUCAGGCAGCUACUCUACUCCAUCGGCGUGGCCUAGCCGGUCGUACUGCUGACCAUCACGGAACUUCCAAGGUGAACUUUUGGGAAGACCCAAUGAACCCAGCAAGAUGGAAGAGAGAACCUUUUGUUAUAAUAACAUUAACUGCAUGCGGGAUCCUAACAUACGAAGGAUACAAGUAUUUCAUGGGAGACAAGAAGAACAAGAAUAACAAGAAAGUUGGAGAACCAUCACACUAGUUUUGAGGCUGAUUCAGUACUUGGCACACUCCUGUUGUAACACAGUGGAUUUUCUAUGUUCAUCAACGUCUUAGGCUUGUAUAAAAAUAUAUAUACCUAUAGUUGCCUGUAUACAUAAUUUUGUUCUAAUAAUGAUAAGUUUAUUAGUAACUCAUAUUUUUUUUCUUUCCAUAAUCUAAUAGUUGCUUUAAUAGGCAAUUGCCAA